AUGCAGCCCCAGCGACGCCGGCGUGAGUCCCUCACGCCCCAGCAGCUGCGUGAGUGGUACGCUGGUUGGGGCUGUAGGGGUGGCGACGCUACUCCUACUACCACUCCUGCUGCUUCUACUCGUGGUGGCGGCCAGAUGCAGCUCCCGCGACCCUCUCGCGUGUCUCUCACGCCUCGCCAGCUUCGUGAGUGGUACGCUCAGAGUGGAGGGUCUCUCAGUGCUGUUCGCUGCUCUUACGUGAUUCGCACUGGUACUCGGACUGGUACAGGUGCGGCUGCUGCUCUAGGUGCUAGUGAGUCUGCUUCCUCAGGUGCGGGUGAGGCUGCGCUUUCAGGUACCGCGUUGGCUUCGGCCUCCCUCACCUUUACACUUGACUCUGGGGCUUCUCGCUCCUUCUUUCGGGACCGCACCACACUCACGCCGCUUGGUCGGCCGGUUGCAGUCUCCCUGGCUGACCCCUCUGGGGGUCCUGUCCUCGCUCACUUCUCCACUGUCCUCCCGUGUCCGGCUGCCCCCUCGGGCACCCUGUCUGGCCUGUACCUCCCCUCGUUCUCGACGAACUUGGUGAGUGGUGCAGACCUACAGGAUGCGGGGGUUCACCAGUUCACUCCUGCGAGUCAGCGGGUGACCCACUGCACGGACGCACGCACAGGCCGGCACCUGGCCACGUUCUCGCGUCGGCCGGGGUCGAGCCUCUACACCCUGACCACUGAGUCUCCUCCUGUCCCCGCGUCCGGUCAGGUAGCAGUGUCGGGUCAGGUGUUUGCUGCUGCGUCCAGGUCUGGUCCUGAGUCUGCCCCCUGUUCGUGUCGCCUCCUGUCUCACGAGACUCUUCUGUGGCACCACCGUCUAGGCCACCCCUCCUUGCCCCGUCUUCGGGGCAUGGCUUCCCGUGUCCUUGUCUCUGGUCUUCCCCAGUCUCUCCCUCCCCUUCCUUCGGGACCAGGACCUUCCUGUGUCCCCUGUGUCGAGGGGCGCCUCAGGGCUGCUCCUCACUCCUCCCAGUUUCCCCCGACAGAGGCUCCUCUGCAGACGCUUCACAUGGACGUGUGGGGCCCGGCCCCCGUCCGUGGGCAGGGUCACGAGCGCUACUUCCUGUUGGUGGUUGACGACUACUCGCGUUACACCUCAGUCUUCCCCUUGCGCAGCAAGGGUGCUGUCACUGAGGUGCUGAUCGACUGGAUCCGCGAGGCUCGUCUCCAGCUCAGGAGGAGCUUCGGCUCGGACUUUCCUGUUCUGCGUUUGCACUCUGACCGAGGUGGGGAGUUCUCCUCUCGCCUUCUGCGAGACUACUGUCGUGCACAGGGGAUCCGCCAGACCUUUACGCUUCCGGACUCUCCAAAGCAAAAUGGGAUUGCUGAGCGCCGCAUUGGCAUGGUCAUGGAUGUCGCUCGUACGUCCAUGAUGCAUGCGGCUGCCCCCCAUUUUCUGUGGCCGUUUGCGGUUCGGUACGCGGCGCAUCAGCUCAACCUUCACCCCAGGGUCUCUCGGCCCGCGAUGUCCCCAGUGUUACUGUGGACGGGGAAGGUCGGCGAUGCGUCUGCGUUCCGUGUCUGGGGAUCUCGGGCGUUUGUCCGCGACUUGUCUGCGGACAAGCUGUCCCCCCGUGCUGCUCCCUGUGUCUUCCUUGGCUUCCCCCCUGACGCUCCAGGGUGGCAGUUCUACCACCCCUCCUCUCGUCGUGUUCUGUCCUCCCAGGACGUCACGUUCGACGAGUCAGUCCCCUUCUACCGCCUCUUCCCCUACCGUACUCCUUCCCUCCCCCCCCCACCGGACUUCCUGGUACCAGUUCCCCCCCCGGUAGACCCCCUCCCCCCUCAGGUUCCUGCCCCUUCAGGUGUGUCCCAGGUAGACACGGUCGAGCCAGUUGAGGUUGCUGCUGAGUCUGGUCCUGCUGCGGGUGCUGAGCCUGGGGGUGCUGCUGCUGGGGGUGCUGAGCCUGGGGGUGCUGAGCCUGGGGGUGCGAGGCCGGGGGGUGCUGAGUCUGGGGGUGCUGAGCCGGGGGGUGCUGAGCCGGAGGGUGCUACGUCAGGAGCUGCUGAGCCUGGGGGUGCUGGGCCUGGAGGUGCGGAGCCUGCGCCUGCUGGACCUGGGGGCUCUCCGGUUCUUCCAUCUCGGCGGGAGCCGCUCUCUCCACAGGAGCUGCGCGAGUGGUUUGCUCGCCGCUGGAGGCGUGCUGCUGGAGCUGGAGCUUCUUCGCCUGCUGAGGGUGCUGCCGGUCCCGGAGCUGCUGGGCCUGCGGGUCCUACUGGAGCUGGAGCUACUGAGUCUGGGGGUGCUGAGUCUGGAGCUGCUGAGCCUGGAGGUGCUGAGUCUGGAGCUGCUGAGCCUGGGGGUGCUACGUCUGGAGCUGCUGUGCCUGGGGGUGCUGAGUCUGGAGCUGCUGAGCCUGGGGUUUCUCCUGCUGCUGCGUCUCGCCGGGAGCCCCUCUCUCCACAGGAGCUGCGCGAGUGGUUUGCUCGCCGCUGGAGGAGUGCUGCUGGAGCUGGAGCUUCGUCGACCGUCGAGGGUGCUGGUGCUGCCGGUCCCGGAGCUGCUGGACCUGCGGGUCCUACUGGAGCUGGAGCUGCUGAGGGUGUUGGUGCUGAGACUACUGCUGUCUGUCCUGGCGGUGGUUCUGCUGCUGGUGCUGCUGGAGGUCCUGCCGCUGGAGGUGUUGGUGGCGCUGGUGCUGUCGCUGAGGGUGCUGGUGCUGUCCCUGCUGAGUCUGGAGCUGCCGCGCGGCCUCGGCCGUACUUCGUUCCGCUCCUACAGCAGGUUCUUGGUCUUUCUCCUUCGGUAGAGUGUCCACAGCCUGUCCAGUCGCAGUCACUGUUGGAGCCUUCCUCUCCUCUGCCUGCUCCCUCUCCUUACACUGGUCCUACUGGAGGUCUUGCUGAGCAUCGUGAGCCUGCGUCUCGUCCCGCGUCGCCGGUUCGUGCUGCUCGCGCUAGUGGUCGCGGUUCGCGUCAGCGUCCUCCUCCUGUCCCUGGCACGCACCGGAUGUCUCUGCGUCCGUGCACUGCUCCUCUGCGUGCCCCUUUGCCUUCUCCUCCUGAGUCCUCUCUUCCUGCGCUUGCCGACCCUGAGUCGGACUCUCUUUGCGCUGCCAGUCCUACUGUCACGCGUCUGCUUGCUACUGUCGUCACUGACCCCUCUUUUGAGUCCACUGCUGCGUCUGCUCUAGUCGCUGAGCUCGUCGACUUUGCUGCUCGCUGUCGUCUCGACUACGCUGCUAGUCUUGUUGCUGAGUCUGCGUCUGUCUGUCCUCCGUCCGUCGGGGGUGAGUGUGCUCUUGGCACGGACGUCCUAGAGGACAGGCAGGAGGAGUUACAGUGUCUAGCGGCUGCUUCACCUCAUCUCGCGUCUGUACUGCUUGCCCCUGAGGGAGACCCGGAUGCACUAGACAUCCCGACUCCGCGUUCUUACGCGGAGGCCGUAGAGGGUCCCUACUCCUCUCAGUGGCAGGCAGCUAUGGAUGCAGAGAUGGCUUCCUGGAAGUCCACAGGCACCUACGUUGACGCGGUUCCCCCUCCUGGGGCGAACAUCGUCAGUGGCAUGUGGAUCUUCAGAGUGAAGCGGCCGCCGGGCUCUCCACCUGUCUUCAAGGCACGGUACGUUGCUCGUGGCUUCAGUCAGCGGCAGGGAGUUGACUACUUUCAGACCUUCUCUCCCACCCCGAAGAUGACCACUCUUCGGGUGCUACUGCACAUAGCCGCUCAGCGCGACUACGAGCUUCACUCUCUCGACUUCAGCACUGCGUUCCUGCAGGGUAGCCUGCACGAGGAGAUCUGGCUGCGCCGUCCACCUGGCUUCACUGGGACUUUCCCUCCUGGCACCCAGUGGAGCCUCCGACGGCCAGUCUACGGUCUCCGCCAGGCACCGCGUGAGUGGCACGACACACUGAGGACUACGCUUGCGGCUCUUGGGUUUGCUCCUUCUAUUGCUGACCCGUCGCUGUUUCUGCGCACCGACACUUCACUGCCGCCGUUCUACAUCCUCGUGUACGUCGACGACUUGGUCUUUGCCACAGCGGACACUGCUGGACUCGCCUACGUGAAGUCCGAACUGCUGAAGAGACACACGUGCACAGACCUGGGUGAACUGCGCAGCUACCUUGGCUUGCAGAUCACUCGGGACAGAGCACGCCGCACCAUUACCUUGACUCAGUCACACAUGGUGCAGCAGGUCCUUCAGCGCUUUGGCUUCACGUACUCCUCGCCUCAGGCCACUCCUCUGCCUACUCGCCACUCACUCUCAGCUCUGCCUUCGGAUGAGUCCGUAGAGUCGAGUGGUCCGUAUGCAGAGCUUGUUGGCUGCCUCAUGUACCUGAUGACCUGCACACGACCUGACCUUGCAUACCCUCUGAGCAUUCUUGCACGCUAUGUUGCUCCUGGGAGACACAGACCAGAGCACAUGGCUGCAGCGAAGAGGGUAUUGCGCUACCUGUGCAGUACGUCGGGCAUGGGGCUAGUGCUUGGAGGGCGGAGUCCAGUGGUCCUUACCGGCCACGCGGACGCUUCUUGGGCUGACAACCAGGCUACGCAGCGGUCGUCACAGGGUUACACCUUCAGCCUUGGUUCCGGCUCUGUCUCGUGGCGGUCUACUCGCUCGUCUUCGGUUCUCGGCUCCAGUUGUGAGGCUGAGAUCUACGCCGGGGCCAUGGCUGCACAGGAGCUUCGCUGGCUCACCUACCUGCUGACUGACCUUGGAGAGCCACCUCGUUCUCCUCCAGUGCUGUACGUAGACAACAAGGCCAUGCUGGCAUUGUGUCGAGAGCAGCGCUUGGAGCACAGAACGAAGCACAUUGCUCUCCGCUACUUCCUUGCUCGUGAGCUGCAGCAGCGUGGUCAGUUGCGACUUGCGUACGUGGCCUCUGAGGCCAACACUGCUGAUGUGUUCACCAAGGCACUCGCGCCUUGUGACCAUCAGCGCUUUUGCACCCAGCUGGGUCUUGUGCCUGUCUUGCCUCACUUGCUCUCCUCUUGA